GAGGAGGAGCGCGCAAUUUCCCCACUCAUUUUAAUGCUACUAUGUUAGUCACGUUCACGCGCGCAUCACUUAUCCACAUCUGGCUGCCCUCUCCAAACUAGUCACAUAUUUGACACCUUUGGCUCCUCUAAAGUGAUUUGCUUGCUUUUGAUUUUCUGUUGCACCAUCAGCCAUGUUGAUUAUUUUGGCCUUCAUCAUCCUCUUCCACAUCACCUCAGCAAUACUCCUCUUCAUAGCAACCAUCAGAAAUGCAUGGUGGGUUUCGAGUGAGUUCUCUAUAGAUCUCUGGUACAACUGCAAUAACACAAACUGUUAUGACAUACCAGACAGUGCAACCUAUGAUGCAGCCUAUCUUCAGACUAUCCAGGCCACCAUGAUACUGUCCACUAUCUUGUGCUGUAUGGGUUUCUUUGUCUUCAUCCUUCAACUCUUCCGUCUGAAGCAGGGGGAGAGAUUUGUCUUCACAGCAGUCAUCCAGUUCCUGUCCUCUUUCUGUGUGAUGACCGCUGCAUCCAUCUACACAGCGAAGCACUUAAAUUUCAAGAGUGGGGAAUUCAAGACUGGGGACUAUGGGUACGCCUUCGUCGUAGCUUGGGUCGCAUUUCCCAUGACGCAAAUCAGCGGCUUGAUGUAUCUUUUGCUGAGAAAACGCAAAUAAAGCACAACAGUCCACCUCACUACAGCUGCCACCAGCUAGAGCCUAAGCGAAGAGACUAUUUGUAAUAAAUCUGUUUUUUAUUUGGAGAUAAAUACAUGACAGAGUUAAAAUGAAUAGUAGACAAACUUUUAAAAUUAAUCAGUGCAUACUGGAACCUUAAUUAGAUUUUCUUCAUGGUAUGUUAUUUAGAUAAUGUUUUAACCUUGUUGUGUAUAAAUGGGUUUUACCCACCCCUCUGGCAAAAAAUGUGCUAUGCUGUGAUUUAAAGAGAUAAAAUGGGGGUGGAAGAAAGUAGACAAGUGUGGGUGGUAUUUGAAGUAGGAAAUAUUUAUAACAUGGAACCACUAAAGGCUAGACAGCUCACCUGUCCUUAAGGCCUACAUACUGUAUAUUCAUGGAAAAUGCUUAUAUGUAAUAAUCUGCAUGUAGAAAAUAACAUGCUGGUGUGUGUUUUCCUGGCCAAUGUUGUCAGGGAAUAACCUAAUUGUGCCUGGGAAUAUAAACAACAAAAUUAAAAAAAGUAUAUUGCGCUGCCAAUUUGCUGCACUACAUCAAACUUGUAUAGUAUUUUGUGUGAGUGUGUGUGAAAUACUUUAUUGUUAAAUAAUUAUAUUGCAUGUUUUUAUUUGCAGCAUUUAGUUUGAAAUCAAUAUUUGCAACAGAUAAAAUGUGUAGUUCCUUAGCUAUUGUAGUAAAUCAAUAUGGUUUAUUAGGGCACUUGGGAUUUACAGAAAGUUAAUGAGAAUACGACGAUGUUAAAUGGAUAGUUCACCCAAAAAUGAAAAUUCUCUCAUCUUUUUCUCACCCUCCUGACAUCCCAGAUGUAUUUGACUUUCAACACAAAUCAGCAUAUUACAGCUCUGUAGGUCCAUAUAAUGCAAGUGUAUGGGUGCCAAAAUUUCACAUAAGGGCAACAUUAAAGCACUCCUCCAAUGAAGCAAAAUGAUAGGUGUGGGUGAGAAACAGAUAAAUAUUUAAGUCCUUUUUCCUUUGCUUUCACUUUCUCCUCCUGUUUUUGGAGAUUCACAUUUUUCAUGCAUAUCACCACCUACUGGGCAGGGAGAAUGUAUGAAAAAAAAUAAAGACUUAAUUUAUUGAUGUUUCUCACCCACACCUAUCAUAUCACUUUUAAAGAUAUAUAUAUUUAACCACUUGAGUCAUAUGGAUUACUGUUAUACUCUCUUUAUGUGGAUUUUGAAGCUUAAAAAUUUUGGCACCCAUUCACUUGCGUUGUAUAGACCUUCAGAGAGGAAAUAUUCUUCUAAAAAUCGUCAUUUGUGUUCUGAUGAAGGGUUAUUAAAUCUUGCUAAUUUUCAUUUUUGCAUGAAAUAUUUCUUUAAGGGGACCGUUCACCCCCCAAAAAUUUUGAUUUAUAAUUUUGCAAUCAUUUACUCACCUUCGUGUUGUUCCAUACCUAUAUGACCUUUCUUCUAUGGAGAAUUAUUUUUUUUUUGGACAUUUUGUUAGUCCAUGUCACCAUUCACUUUCAUUGUAUCAUUGUUUAUUUUUUCAUUGUACAAAAAGUGAAUGCUGUAAAGUCCUAACAUCUUAUUGUGUGUGCAGUGGAAGUCAAUACAGGUUUGGAACAACAUGAAGGUCAGAAAUAAUCACAACAUUUUAAUUUUUGUCCAAACUAUCCCAGUAAGUUGUUGCUGGCAAGUACAGCAUGGUUUUAUCAGUCCCCCCAAUAUGCAAUCUUUUUUUAAUCAUCUUUUAACACCCACUUAUGGAAAAAACAAAGCAUUUAACUAACAUUGAUUUAAGCAAAUGUAAAAUUAAGCUGUAUUUAUUAAGACUAACUACAUUGUUGCUGUUAAUAUUUCUUGUAAUGAAGUAUUAUUUCAACAGGUCUGAACAUGUUUCUUUAUUGCUUACUUUUAAGAAGGUUUUAAUGAAUAUUACUGAAGGCUUUUAAAAUUGGAAUGAACCCACAAUUGCAGCUUUUUAUUUUUUAUUUAAAUGUCUGCUGACUUGUUCAGGUCUGCUUUGUCUCCAGAGACUGAACCCCACCAUGGGCUCAAUACGUUUCUUGUUUUUUAAUCAA